AGCAAUAUGGAGUCUCAUGUGACACACGGCACCGGGCAGUUGUAUUAUAUUAAAAAUUUUAUCGGAACUUCGUAAUAAUAUUAUAAUAGAUCGAAUGUAUUGCUGAGAAAAUUGUUCUCGAUCUAUCGUUUCAUGUCAUUAUGCUUUCGAGAAGAAUUUAAUUUUUAACGGCGAAUAUAUAAAAAGUUGUAUUUAGGUUAGUCUCUUGUUUUGAAUUGACAGAACAGAAUAGAGAAAUUCUAAAGAGAUGUAUCUAAACAUCUGUCGAUUGUUGACACGAACAUGCGUGAGGCAAAUACACACCAGCGUAUCGCGAAAUUUAAUGAAAGACCAUUCUGACAACACGUUCCGAAAGAAAUUACGUUCUACUGCCUUUUAUUGGUCUGGAGUCGGAAUUCUAGUAGUUGGUUUAAGUUAUUCUGCAGUGCCUUUGUACAGAAUGUUUUGUCAGUCAUAUAGUUAUGGUGGAACAUUAUCAACUGGUCAUGACGCUAGUAAAGUGUCCACGAUGAAACCUUUUAAAAACAAAAAGAUCAAAAUUAUGUUCAAUGCGGAUGUUGCGUCGUCAAUGCAAUGGAACUUCAAACCGCAGCAAAAGGAGAUUACAGUUGUUCCUGGAGAAACGGCUUUAGCAUUUUACACAGCCACAAAUCCAACUGACACUCAAAUUGUAGGAAUAUCCACAUAUAAUGUUUUACCAUUCGAAGUAGGACAAUACUUUAAUAAAAUACAAUGCUUCUGUUUCGAGGAACAGAUGCUUAACCCACAUGAACAAGUAAGUUCAUUAGCAUCAAAUAAAUGAUCUACAAUCCAGUUUUUUCUAUUUUUAACAGCUUUAUUCAUAGAGGAUCCAAGGAUGGAGUUUAUUGAUGAAAUAGUUCUCUCCUAUACGUUUUUUGAAGCCAAACCUGGAUUUAAUCUGCCUGUACCGAGCUAUGUCAAAAGUCAUUCAACAAAGUAAAGUGUAAUUAUGUUUAAUAGUUCUAGUGUAAUUAUGACAAUUGUACAAAUGAA